AUGGAAGACUCAGACAUUAUAACAUUUCAACAAAAUGAGAAUUUGUGCUUAUCAAAAGAUGUUGACUGUGAAUCGUUACCGAGUGAUAAUGAAUCAAUUGACGAAAAUCCGUGUAGUCCGUGCGGUGAUAGUAUUAGCGCAGGAGAUGGAGGUAAUGAGGAAAAUUCUCUUGAAAAGUUAGUUAACAAUUUUAAUAGUCAGUUACAAAAAGGUUUGCAUUCUGUACAGUUAGAAGUGAGAAAAUCUUUAAUUGAUUUUGAAAGUAAAUUAGACCAUAUGCAAACGCAGAUUGAUAAUGUCCAUGCUAAAUCGUGCAAUAAAACAAAUUUAUAUGAUGACAUGCAUAAUAAAGAUGUGAGUUCAGGUGAUUUAUGUCUCGAAAAUGGUCCAAUAAGCAGUACUCCUGAUAAUGACGAUACCAAUAAUAAUGGUCCUAAUUCUGUGACACAGAUUACGCCGUUUGGUAAGAAAAAUAGUAACACAGGCGAUUAUUCCAGACAAUAUCCGGUAAAUACGCAAGGUACUUGUGGCAUGUCCGACGUGUCAAAUAGUAAAAUGAAGCCACAGACUUAUGAUGGUUCAGAUGACCUUGACGAAUAUUUAGCGCAAUUCAAUAUUGUUGCGGAACUUAAUAAAUGGAAUUACCAUACUAAGUCAUUAUUUUUGGCAAGUAGUAUAGUAGGGGGUGCAUGUGCUAUUUUAUGCGAGUUAGACAUAGAAAAACGGCGUGAUUUCGAUUCAAUCGUUUCUGCUUUACAAAAUCGUUACGGUUCUAUUUAUAAGGCGGAGAUAUUUAGAUCUCGACUACAAAGCAGAAUAUUAGGAAGAAAUGAAACUAUUCCUGAAUUAGCACAAUCAGUUAAAAAACUAACGAGAAAGGCGUAUCCUAGUGCUUCGUCAGAAGUUGUUGAUUUGUGGGCAUUAGAUUAUUUUGUUGAUGCUUUGCCGGAUACCGACAUUCGGUUAAGAUUAAGGGAAGUAGGACCAAAAACCAUUAGUGAAGCUGAAAGAAUAGCCGUUAGGUUAGACGUACACAAAGAAGCAGAUAACAGUAGAGGGGGGAGGAACCAUGUCAGACAUGUAGCUCCUGAAAUAAGUUCUACUGAUAGAAAAUUAAAUGAUUUAAAUUAUCAGAUGAAAGCCUUGAUGAAUCAGGUUCGUGAUUACCGUGACAAAGGUGAAACUCGAACACAAAACCGGACAUCUUACAAACCAAACAUACAAAGCUCUAGAAAUGAUAACAAGGGUCAUUGGUCAAAUAAUCACCAAGGUCGUAAUAAGUAUGAGCAAAACAGAAGAGACAAAAAUCAAACUUAUCCACAAAGUUAUGCCCCGGGAAACAAAAACGGAUCGAAUUUGAGGGCCGAAGUUCGAGACCAAGCACAGAAAGGUCCCACCCGAUUUCAAUAG